GCCGGACCAGACCAUUCUAAAAGUGUUUACUAACACGUGGCCGGGUUAUGAUACUAUGAACAUUUUUUCACAUCAACAUGUCGCUUCUUAUGUUAAUUUUAAUUUUUGUAUCCUGCGACUCACUGAGUAUAGGAGCACAGAAAAAUGUUAAAAGAGAUAUAGAAAAUAAUUUUAAUCCAGAUUGGGCUCAGUUGAAGAAUACGCAAGAAGGUGAAUUAAAAGAAUUGAUUCAAGUGAGGGCUAAACCAAAGAAGAGGCUCGCUCUGCCAGUGAAUUUUAUUCUUAGGGCCGUCGCUGAGCCAGAAGGCGACGAUUAUUAUGACAAGGGUCAAGGAGAAAGUGAUAAUGAAGAUUAUUUCGAGAAGAGGGAGUGGUCGGAUUUACAUAGACCUGUUCAAGCAGUAGAUGCAAACACCCCUCUAAAUCCUGCUAAUCUAUCGGAUAUAGACGGAAUAAUAAAUAUUAUAACAAAACCUGUUGAAAAUCCCAUUGAGAAAAAUUCCAGGAAUCGAAAAGUUAAACCAAAAAAAGGCAAGGUUAAAAAUAAAGACAAGAUAAAGCGUGAGUAUGGCGAAGAUAUUUCUGAUGAAGAUUUAUCUGACAAUGAAAAAGAAAGUGAGGAAGUUAGGAAAGGUGAACCUAAAACCAAAAAAGAGAAACAACACCGGUAUGAAGAUGAUGUUGACUAUGAAGAAGGUAUCUCUGAAAAACAAAAAUCUGAUACUGUCAAGGAAGAAGAACAACGUGAAAACGAAGCCAAAAAGAUAAAAAUACUUCAAAGCGUCGAUGAACUUAAGGCAAAGCAUGCUCAGGAACAACGAGCUAUAUCAGAAAAGGCAAAAGAAGAGGAAAUACAUAAAGAAGAAAUUGAAAGAGAUAGAAUAAAAGCUCACCCAAACAUUGGUAAAUACGAUCAUAUGGGAUCAAAAUGGAAGAAAGUAACAACAGAUUACAAUGAUGAAUAUGAGGAUCAAGAGCCGGAACUUAAAGACAAAUACAAAAUAAAUCAUUGGAAGUCAAUAUCUGUGGAGCCAACAGCAAAGGUGAAGCCCAAGAAAAUUAAAACUGUUACUGGUAAAUUGUCUGUCUUUAGAAACCCACACUUAUACAUGAUUAAUGACGACGAAGAUGAAAUCACGACUACAGCAACAAGGACCACGACUAAAACUAUUAAAUUAACUACGUCAAAGCCUAAAAUAUAUUCAUCUAAAUACUCUGCGCCUCCAGAAGAAGAUAAUGUUAGAAUAUCUCUCGUACCUGAGGAUGAAUCUAAAGAAGGGGAACCGACUUUAUUUUUUCCGAAAGUGAAAAAUAUACGGAAGCCAGGAAUAAGAACUACUAACGCCCCAGAUUCAUUUACAAGUGAAGAUAGAAAUAUUAGUUUAACUAGUUUGGAUGCUACGGCACCAUCGACGACAUUUACUCACACGCCACCUUCAGCUCAGGAUACUGAUUCUUCAGCCUCUCAAAGUCUAGGGUCUACAGCCUUCACCUCAGUACCGACAGAAAUAGACACCGGUCCAUCAGCAAUAGACCAGGACCUCAAGUCGUCACCCUCGGAUGAAAUGGCGAAAAAGGAAGCAAAAAAGAACCAAAACUACGAUGUUGAAACAGGAAAAGAGAAGGAACAUCACUCAAAACACGAGGAGAGUCACGAGGAACACGGGAGAAAGGCUUAUGAGGAUACGGGCAAGUCGAGAAACGUCCAAGAACGCAACCAACAAAGCUCGCAGCCACAACAGUUAAAGCACUGGUACUAUUGUUAUACGAUGGACGGAGUUCAUAAAGAAGUCAAAACAAAUAAAGGGCACCACGACGAGAAAGAUCAUUUGGACAAAUACGACGACCACGGAGAGGUUAAGAAGAAGCACCAUGAUGAAAAGAGGCAUUAUGGAUCCCACCACCACGAGGAAACGGGCAAAAAACAUGCCAAGUAUGAGGAAUCAGGUAAGCAUUCGAAAGGUCACAGCACAAAAGGCAGUCACGACAUCCACAAGAAGGACGAAUAUGAAAAGAAAGUCGAAUUCUUUGAAGAAGAAGGUGAUGCCUUUGAAGACGAGGCCGACGGAGGCCACCACAAGGAGAGGGAACGUAAAUCGGGUGGUCACUACAAGAAGGGGUACCGUCAGGCAGGCUACUCCGGCCGUGAGAAGGGAGAUAGGGGCGUCUUCUCAAAAGGAUCUCAUGGGUACCACGACAAGGGCCACCGUCAGUCUUCAGGUCGCGAUUCCCACGGCGGGCAGGGUGGUGCUCACCACAAAACAAGUGGUGUGGACGGUGGCAGGAAAUGGAUCUACCACCACGGCCAUCCAGCCAAAACAGCCAACCUUGUGGUCAUAGACAGGAGAGCAGACUCCUACCAGCACGGACCACAAUAUUAUGGAUAGAUUUAAAAAAUGUAUAUUUUUUUAAAUUUAUUAUGUUUAAUAAUAUAUUAUAUGAAUUCAAAGGAAUCCUCAACAGACUCUGCACUGUUAAUACUCACUUUACUUGUUACUUGUUGUUAAUUAAAAAGGAAUUUCACGAAUUCUUUGUUAAUGUAAGAUAUAUAAAAGCGUGUUUAAUUAUUUAGUAGAAAAUGUAUGAAUUUAUAUAUAAGUAAAGAUAGCUGACAUGUGUCAGAUAUUGCGAUUAAAUGGUCACAAAGACGGGCCAUCUGAUAAAUUAAAAUGUAGGGCCUACGUUUGUCGGGACGUUUUACAAAAACAUUUGUUAACAUUUUGAUGUGUAAUUUCUUUAACUAACGAUUUGUUAAAAUAAUUUAGGGAACUGUAUAUAAUUUUGGUCAAUUUAGUAAACGUUG